UUCAAACCUAGACGGCGGCUGUGUUGUUGUGUUUAGCUAGCAGCUGAUUAUCUGAUCCCGCACCUAAUGUCACAAAUAUAACAGGAUGAUGGAAACAUGCUCGAACAGCUCGGCUGACAGACAGGAACAAGUCGAAGCCGAUGAUUUGAAGAGAGAUCUCUCAUCUGACUGCAGCGUCCUACCAGACCCACAGUCCAUCAUGGAGGAGAGAGAACACCUGCAGGUUUAUCUGCGUAUCCGACCUUUCACCUCAGCAGAGAGCGACAGCGGAGAGUCUCAGGACUGCGUCACCAUCGAAUCCCCGGACACGGUUCUGCUGAAGCCGCCCGGUUCGUCUCUCUCCGCCCGGCUCAGCACCGAUAAACCGCUUCCACAGACGGGGCAGCGCUUCCAGUUCUCUCAGGUGUACGGUCCCGAUACGUCUCAGAAACAGCUGUUUGACGGCACCGUGAAGGAUUUGGUGAAAGAUGUUCUGGAAGGAGGAAACUCUCUGGUGUUCACCUACGGCAUCACCAACGCCGGGAAGACCUUCACGUUCCUCGGUCCAGAUGCUGAUGCCGGCAUCUUGCCCCGUUCUCUCGACGUGAUCUUCAGCAGCAUCGAUGGAAACGUUUUCACCGAUUCGAACGUCAAACCUCACCGCUGCCGAGAAGUCACGAGGCUCAGCACGGAGCAGCGGGCCGAGGAGGCGGCGUUCAAGAGAAACCUCUUCAGACAACUUAAAGAGAGCGAGAGGAUGAACGCCAGCCUGCUGAACUCCACCAAUAAGACUCUUCUUGAAGGCUCCUCCGUGCUCGGCUCGACAGAAGACAGAAUCAACCUGGACGUGGAAUCAAACGCUAAGUUCUCCGUCUGGGUUUCAUUCUGUGAAAUCUACAACGAGAACAUUCACGACCUCCUGGAGGCGAUGCCCAGCAAAGCCCCGAGGCGGACCGCACUGCGCCUGUCGCAGGACGUCAAGGGCAACACCUACGUCAAAGAUCUGCGUUGGGUUCAGGUGAACAGCGCAGACGAAGCGUACAAAGUGAUGAAGCUGGGAAAGAACAACCAGAGCUUUUCCUCCACUAAACUCAACCAGGUCUCCAGCAGGAGUCACAGUAUUUUCUCCAUUCGCAUCUUGAGGAUUGAAGAUGUGGGAAGUCCGAGAGUCCACACCGUCAGCGAGCUUUGUCUUUGUGACCUCGCUGGCUCGGAGCGAUGUGCCAAGACGCAGAAUAAAGGCGAGCGUCUAAAGGAAGCGGGAAACAUCAACACCUCGCUGCUCAUCCUCGGGAAAUGCAUCAACGCUCUGAGACACAACCAGCAGGCCAAGUUGAUCCAGCAUGUCCCGUUCAGGGAAAGUAAGCUGACUCAUUACCUGCAGGGCUUCUUCUGCGGUCGAGGUAAAGCCUGCAUGAUCGUCAACGUCAACCAGUGCGCCUCCAUGUACGACGAGACGCUCAACGUACUCAAAUUCUCUGCCGUCGCUCAGAAGGUUGUGGUUUUGUCCAGCAGGAUUCUUCCCAUCAUGCAUCAGCGGUCGGCCAGCGAAGUCUCGUUCAUCAACAACGAGAGGAAGGCUGGUACAGGAAGUAGCAGGAGGAGGAGCUCCCUGAUUGGCUGGGAGAGCAGCCUGGAGGAUGUACAGGAGGAUGAUGAUGACGAGGGUGAGGAAGAAGAGAGUUUGAUGGACGACACCGUGGAUCAGAGCGGAGGAAGUGAGGAAGACGAGAAAAUUGUCAUCAGUAAAAAGACGCAUCAGAAGCAGGCGUCUCUGUUGAAGCAGCUGCAGGUUCAGCUGAAACAGGAGCGAGCCGAGACUCUGCUCAUGGAGGUCCGAGUCCGAGACGAGAUCAGCAGAGAGUUCUCCGAGCUUUUCUCUGAGAUGCAGAACGACUACAACGACCGCCUGUCGAGGGAGAGAGAGAUCCUGGAGGAACAAGCUGAACGGAGGAUGGAGAUUUUCAAAAACCUGAUCGACAAAAUGGUUCCAGAUGGAUCCGGACCGGACUCACAAGCCUUGGGAAUCUCUCUGGACUCAGGUGACGCUGCAGAGGUGAAGGAGGUAAAGGAGGAGAAGAAGAGAGUUGAAGAGCAGCUGGAUCUUAAAACAACAGGUGAAUCCAGCGGAGCGAACAGUCUCCUCCUUCAGCUGCAGCAGAAAACAUCAGAGGUUUCUCAGCUGGAGAGACGAGCAGCAGACCUACAGAACUCACAUGAGAGAGAGCAGCUGAAGCAGCUGUCGGCCGCCCUCGAGAGGGAGAAGAAAGCCAGAGAGGAAGCUCUCACUGCUCUGGAGUACCAAACCAUGGGCAAAGAGGAAGCGCUGGUAUCCUUAGAGGAAGAGAGGGAAGCAAGAGAGGAAACCAUCGCUGCUCUCAGAGACCUGAAGAAAAGCAAACAGGAAGCUGAGGCGGCUCUCGAAGAAGAGAGGAAAAGCAAAGAGGAAGCUGAGGCGGCCCUCGAAGGAGAGAGGAAAAGCAAAGAGGAAGCUGAGGCGGCUCUGGCAGAGGAAACGCGGAGCAGAGAAGGAGCGCUCGCUGCUCUUAGUGAAGAGAAACUCGGCAAAGAAGAAGCUCGGUCCGUCCUGGAGGCGGAGAGGAACGAGAUCUCCAAGCUGGCGGAGGAGAGAGAGAAAAGGCAGCAGGAGAGCGAUGAGCUUCAGCAGGAAGUCAGAGAGCUGGCCGCCAAAGUAAAAGCAGCAGAGCAGCAGGAGCGAGAGGAGACGUCUGAUGUCAACGAGAAGCUCCGAGAGCAAGAAGAGAGCAGCUCGAAAAAGCAGCUGGAGGAGUUAAAACAGAGACAGAGAGAAGAGAAGGAAACAUCAGACGAGCUCAUUAAGGAUCUGAAGCAGCAGCUCAGUGAGCAGGAGAAGAGCGGAGAGCUGCUCAAGAGCCAGCUAGAGGAAGCGAAGUGCAGAAGUGACUCGAACUCCGCAGCCGAAGACGAUCUGAAGAAGUUAAACUCUGAUCUCCACGCUGAAAUCGCCUCCUUGAAGGAAAAACUCGAAGCCGAAACUCCGCAGCAGACGGAGGAGAAGUCGCUGGAGCUCUCCGAGGUGCUGAAGAAGCUGCGGGAGACGGAGGCGAGGGCCGCGACGCUGCAGAAGAGCCUGAAGGAGGCGCAGGAGAGACGGGAGGAGGAGGAGAGCCAGGCGGUGCAGGAGGCGAGGAGGAGGGAGGCGGAGAGGAGGAGGGAGCUGCUGGCCGUCGCUCACGAAGCCAUCGCUCAGAAAGAUGAAGAGCUGGAGAAGAAAGCAGAAGAGAUCAACAGACUAAAAGAAAAUGCCAAGCAGGAGACGGAGAAAGUGAAGAGCCUCGGCCUCGACCUGCAGAGGAAAGAGGACGACACUUCAGACCUCAGAGAGAAGCUGGCCGACUACAAGAAGCAGAUGCAGCAAGUCCAGAAAGAGAUCUCCACCAUGAGAGAAGAGGAGAGAGUGUUGAAGCAGAAGCUUUCAGAUGCAGAAAAAUCAAAGAAGCAGCUUCAGAGUGACGUUGCUAACAGAGACCGAACCGUCCAGCAGCUCCGAGCGGAACAAUCAUCUGAUGCAAAGUCUGAUCAGACACUGCAGCUCUACCAGAAAGCCUGUAAAGAUUUGGAAGCGAAGGAGCGAGUGGUGGAGGACAUGCGCUUGGCUCUGACGGAGCAGGAGGAGACGCAGGAGCAGAUGGACGAAAUCCUGGAGGAGAAACUGAACCUCAUCCAAGAGCUCACCAGCGAGGUGGAGAAGCUGAAGGGAAAGUUUCUGCAGCAGGAUCAUGGAAACGCUUCGCUGUGUCAAACAGAAAACCCGUCACAUGACCUCAAACUGGCCAAACAGGAAGCUGCUCAGGCUCAGGAGAGCUUAAAGCUCUCUGCAGAGAAACACCAGACGGAGCGCAGGAAGUGGCUGGAGGAGAAACUGUCUCUGAUCGCUCACGCUAAAGAAGCCGAGGACAAGAGGAACCAAGAAAUGAGGAAGUUUGCUGACGACAGAGAACGCUACGCUCGGCAGCAGAGAGAGCUGGAGUCGUUGUCGUCCCAGCUGGCGGAGAAGGACCAGACGAUGGAUCAGUGGAGGAAGGAGAGAGACACUCUGGUCGCUGCUCUGGAGGUUCAGCUCCAGAAGCUUCUCCGCAGCCAAGCGGAGAAAGACAAGCAGCAGGUCAGUCAGCAGAAAGCUCUCAGACCUAGCGGUGUUGACGGCGGCCGUGUGGCAGAACUUGAAUCGGCUCUGUCGGAGAAAGAGACGGAGAUCUCACAGCUGAAGGAUGAGCUGAAGACUGCGAUGACCAAACAGGUGGAGACGACUGUACAGGUCAGCGAUGAACCGCUCAGAGCUCACGAAGCAGAUAAAAGCCCAGGAGAGAGUGAAACCAUCAACAGGAAGUCAGGAGGAAGGAAAGACAUCAGAGCGUCAGUCAGCAGUCAGGGCUCCUCUGGCUACCCGUCCGUGCUGGACUCCUCUGAGAUCUCCACCGAUAACGGGAGAACGAGUCGCUUCCCUCGGCCGGAGCUGGAGAUCUCCUUCAGCCCGCUGCAGCCCAACCGCAUGGCGCUGCGUCGUCAGGGAGACGAGAACGCCGUCACCGUUAAGAUCACUCGCUCGGCACGCAAGAGGAAGAGCGGAGAGAUGGAGAAGUGUCACAUUUUCAGGAGGAGUAAACGACGCACAACACGUGAGGAGGAAGUAGAAGCAGAGAACAGAAGGAACACGAGAACCAAAAUGGGAACAAAGCUAACCCCCCAUAAAGAAGAGAUCUCUUCAUCAGCCAGUCGCCACAACUCUCAGAGCAGCAUCCGCAGCAGGAAGGAAGGAGCGCUGCAGAAGAUCGGAGACUUCCUGCAGAGCUCGCCAACGCUGCUCGGCUCUAAAGCCAAGAAGAUGAUGAGUCUGGUCAGCGGUCGGAGUGACGCAGACUUGGCAGCUUCCUCGUCUUCUUCCUCCUCGUCUUCAUCGCUCAGUCUGAGAGCCAAGAAGUCAAAAAGGAAACUGUACAGACCUGAAAUCUCCUCUCCCAUCGACAUGCCCGCACACCCAAUCAUCACCAGAGACGCGGAGGAGGAGAAGGAGAGCGACCAUCAGAUCAUUAAACGCCGUCUUCGCUCCAGAAUGGUUAAAUAA